GGCUUCCACGAUCUCGCGCGACGCCUCGGCGACAUCUCGCGCGACCCUCGCGACAUCUCGGGGCAAGGCCGAUACCAACUGCCGUCGGUCGCUAAUGUCCCUCUCUACCAUCGAUAACAAGGAAUGGCGCGGAAAUUCACCACAAACAUCUAAUUCACCUGCUGUGUCGUUGUUAUUAUUCUUUCAAAUCAUUUACAGCCUGAAAAUUACUUAUUAUACUAUAUAUGCAGCAAUUAUACGCUUGCGAGUGGCUUACUUUCAGUUGGAGACAAUCGAAAAGUCAUUGUCAGCAAUUUCCCUUGCUGACUAUGCGUUUCAACGAAAGCAAUAUCGCGUCGAGUACGUUUCUGUCGGCAUUUUCAUUAUGACCAGUUCAGGAAAGACCCGCUUUAUUCUUCCAAUUAGUGUCCUUUAUCUACUCUUAACCGAUGUCUCACACUGUUGGAAUCUAACGUCGCUCAACAUAUCGGACGACGUUCUAAUAUGGAGAUUCGCCGUCUGGAGAAAUCGCGCAUUUCUCGCAAUUCCCAGAUCGGAGAAUGAAAAGGAAAAAGGAUGGAAACCGACUGUGGUGCAAGUUCCUUGGCCUGAAAUCAAUUUGUCAUUAAACGUUGCAAACGCAGCAAUCUCGCCCAAGCCUUUCCCUAAGGAAGCUUCAUCGAAACGCGAUUAUGAAUCCCUCGUAUCCGUAACUGGAUUAGACGUGGACGCUCGGGGACGAUUAUGGAUUCUAGACGCACCCGAUCAACGUGAUCGUUGGCCUCGAAUCGUCAUUUACGAUUUGAAACGAAACGAUCGAUUGGUAUCGUCUGCCGAAUUAGCUAAGGUGACUUGGAAACAAUUAAGCUCUCUCGUCAUCGACCCGCUUGAGGAUCAAUGGGGAUUCCGAGGAUAUAUCGCGGAUGCUGGUGACGAGACGAUUGUUGUUUAUAGUUGCGGAUUACGCAAGUGGUGGAAAUUGAAAAUGUUACACGGACCCAAAGUCCCUCGCGUGCAAUCCGUCGAUCUCGCUGUUUCUCGGAGGAAUUCCAUCUUAUACGUGACAGGACGUGAUACGCACGAUCUGUUUAGCAUUGAUCUGGACCAAGUGCUACGGAUGGCGCCUUCGCGCGGAGCAGAAAAUGUGACGGUGACCUGGCUUGGAAAGAAAUUAGGCUCCUCCGUAGGCCUGUUCUGCGAUUUAAAAGACGGCCUACAUUAUUUCAUGACUUCCGAGAGAGCCAGCGUGCGAUGGGACACUAAGCUUCCUUUCAACGCGCAGAGUCAUUCGGUCCUGGUACAAAACGAUGACGUCCCGUGCAUAACCGAUUACAUAAUGGAUUCGCGAAGGAACGUGUGGGGCUUAGUGAAUUGGCAAUGUCCCGGUAAGCAUGUGAGCGCAAUGAAGAAAAAUAUCUCAACUAACGCGACACUCAAGUCCAGAACAAUUAAGAUUCAAAAGUACUCCUUCGUAUUCUAGUGCAGUGAUCUCUUUCUUUUUUGCAAUUUUAAUAAAACACGCGAUGGAAAGUU